UCUUAUGGCCGCGCGAGUGCYAAAUUAGUAAACACGUCAAUACAUCUCACAAAGUAUCCAAAAAAACAUAUCUCUAAAAUAAAUAAUGAUCCGUAAUGAUUAGUGUUUUCUCUGAAUUGGUUUAAACCAAACAGCGGUGGUUAUAUYAUAACGAAAUMUAAUAAAAGGUAGCUUGAGUGCACGUAUAUAAGCAUGCGCAGUAGACCGAGAACAGAAAUGAAAAUUCGCUCUUUGAGAUAGCGACAUGAACUCGACUUCUAAACUCGCUGAUUGUAUGUUUUGGACGAGAGGGCAGUUAAACCCUGAUAAUUACGAUUCAAAUAUCUUCAAAUAUAUACUAGGUCCAAUAUGUGUGAUUUUAAACUGCGUUUCGUUUCCAAUUUCCUCACUUGGAAAUCUUCUCGUUUUGAUCGCAAUGAUUAAAACGCCAGUACUUCACACAACUGCGAAUAUUUUCAUUGGUUCUUUGGCGUUUUCAGACUUUCUUAUUGGGACAAUCAUGCAGCCAAUGUUGAUCACAGUUCUAACGGACAGAAGUUGGUUUUUAAACUGUGCCUUUCAGGACGCAUUAACUUUCCUCGGAAUACUGUUCACUUCGACUUCGYCAUCUCUUAUGGCGGCAGUGAGCAUCGAAAGGUAUAUCUGCCUGUUUUUUCAUCUACGUUACCACACACUAGUUACUCAAAAGCGAUGUUUUGUAGUAGUCAUUCUAAUUUGGAUAUAUUGGUUCGCCGAUACAURGCUAUUCUUGCCRGGAGGAAAUUACUUCAUCGCRGCGCAAAUAUUCUGUACAAUUGCGUGGAGCUUGUCUCCAACUGCCAUCGCAUUCUGCUACUUUAAAAUCCUUGGUCUUGUGCGACACCACCGCAGCCAGAUCCAAUCACAACAAGURACAACAASAUCUGACCCAUCACCGUCGCAAAAUAAAUCCCAAGCUAAACUAGCUGUGACAAUGGGAUACGUGAUAUGGGCGUCUAUCGCUUGCUACACACCAACCACGAUAGUGACUCAAAUGUAUAUUUUCACUAAAAAACCCAAUGGUCACCUUUUUAAUAGUUUUUAUUUUACUCUUACGAUUCAAGUUAUGAGCAGUGCUCUAAAUCCAAUAAUAUAUUGCUGGAGGAGACAAGACAUUAGGAAUGCUAUAAAAUCGCUACUAAGAAGAGCUGUAGACAUAGACACUGGUUCGCGGACUGGUCCAGUUUCAGCUGGACCAACAUUUACUGCAAGAACCAUGCAAUCUCAGUCGUAAAAACAUAUAAAUAAUCAGCGUCCUCACAGAAAACCAGGCCAUUCUAAAACUUCUGGCUAUCAGUCUUUGCUAUCCAAACAAAAAGUUCGAAUAUUCUAUACAUAAAUCAUCAAUAGGCUAGCUCUUUCCUCAUUAAUCACUUAGAAAAACAAGCGUACGGACCUAAUGUUUUGUAAAGAAGCUGCGUCUUCAUUGUAAAUAUUUGUWAUAGUACAUUAAAAUACAAAAGGAAGCGUG